UGCGGAAAUAAGCCAAACUCAGAUGAUAUUUAUGGGUGCCCAAAGCCAAAGCAAUGGGCACUUACUUUCGACGAUGGCCCAUCAAAUUAUACCGCCGAUUUGUUGGAUAUGUUGGACCAAGCUAAUGUAAAGGCAACUUUUUGUGUCAUGGGAGCUCACGUUCGAAAGUACCCAGAAAUUGUCAAACGUGCCUACGAUGCAGGUCACCACAUUGCAUCCCAUACAUACUCGCAUCCUCACUUGAUGAGCUUAUCUAAUGAUGAGAUCAUUGCAGAAAUGAAGGCAACUGAAGAGGCUAUUGUCGACGCCAUUGGCGUGAAGCCAAGCUACAUGAGACCACCCUUCGGAGAAGCUGAUGACCGAGUCAAGGGACUUAUGAAAGCUAUGGGCUACAAAAUUUUACUUUGGAACGCUGACCCAACAGAUUACAACAUUUACAAGGAAGCCAAUGUCGCUGCUAAAAUAAAAGCCACUUUCGUGCAUGCGUUAGGAGGUGAUGAUACAGGACUGAAUGCCCAUGAAGACCCUGGGUUCAUUAGUUUGCAGCAUGAUCUUUACACCCAAUCCAUUGAUCAAGUCCCAGCAAUUAUUUCCUUGCUUCGUGGCAGCCAAUAUCAACUCAUGACGGCUGCUGAAUGCUUGGGA